GGGUUCUGCCCAUAGAGAUAUAUAAUACUUGUUCUGCCCCACAAACAUUCUUCUGAGAAAUGUAGAUUAUAGGCCUAUAGUAUACAAGUAAAUUUAACUGGUGUCUGGUGGUGGAUGUCAAUCAUAGUGCGAGAUGGAACUAUUGAAAACAAUAUUUCUCUAUCAACUAAGAGUCAACAGGACUGGAUCAGUGUGGAUCUCCAUCAACAAAGCCCUUCAUACAUCAUCAGGUGCUGCUAUUUUCAAUUCCCACACCUCAUCCUCACAUUGUAAGCUUUUGUCGCAUAGUAACGGAAGAAAAUUUUCUCAAAAUGUGACUGCAUGCAGAUCCAAAGCCAACCAAUUCAUUGGCUGUUCUUGGAGGAAAAACACAGGACACUUGAUUUCUCUUGAUGAACCAAUGACUUCUAGUUAUAAAACCGCAUUAUCCUCAAACUUCUCAUCAGAAUCAUUCUCUGAAAUACCUUGUGCCAUCAAAAGACCUACCAUAAAGAAGACAUUGCAUAGUGGAUACCAUUGGAUUGAUGAGUAUGCUUGGAUGCAGGAAGAUUCGUCAGAGGAAUUCGUGCGAUAUAUAAAAGCAGAAAAUGAAUUUUCAGAACAGUACUUCAAUGCCUCAAAGCCUAUGCAAGAAAAGUUGAGAGCAGAGAUGAAUAAAUAUGAAGAAAGCGAUUAUAUUUCUGAAACUAAUUAUAAGGUAUUAGAAGACUAUGCCUAUUAUUCUGAUGUAUCACAAAGUGGUUCUAGCAUUUUCUGCAGGAGGAAGAUCAGCACAGGAAAAGAUCAGAUUCUCUUGGACUCUGAUCAUCUCAUGGACUUGUUUGGUUACAACCAUGUGAUCAUCACUGGUUUCAAGGUGUCCCCCUGCCAGCAGUAUGUAGGGGCAGUUGUAGAGGGUAGCCCUGAUAGGUAUGAUGGACAUAUCAUCAAGAUGGAAGCUGACGGUCAGAGUUGGUUGGUGGAAUGCAUCCAGGAUAUAUCAAAUAUGGAGUUCCUUAAUGAGGAUUGGCUGGUGUACUCCAAGCCGUAUAAUCUUCAAGCAAGGGAAGUGUGGAGGCAUCAGGUCGGCACCUCACAGCAGAGAGAUGAAUUAAUCUUUGAGGAAAUGGAUGAAAGAUUCUUUGUAGAUCUGUCACACACCAAGGACAGGCGAUAUGUCAUCAUCAACAGCAACUCACGGACAUCCUCAGAGCUAUGGUUGAUUGACCCUUGCAGAAGCUCUUUUGAAACGCUACCUACUUUGAUGUGGCCAAGACAGGAUGGUAUAGAAUGCUACUUGGACCACUGUGGACAGACUUUCUAUGCCUUGUCCAACACUGGGAUAUCUCCAGAAUUGAAGCUCCUAAAAGCCCGAUAUUCUGGUGAUCUCCAAAGUAGUGAAACGAUCCAUUGGGAGGAGCUUUAUGACCCACUCCCAGGUCAUGUGAUACAGGACUUGGACGUGUUUGCCUCACAUUGCGUCUUGCCUUUGCUUGUCAACACCAUUCCACAGCUCACCAUCCUGGAGCAUGGUAAAGAUACAGAACCGUUGCACAUUGAGCUCCAACCUGAAUAUACCACCAUUACUCCAAGCCUCAAUGCAGACAUCAACUCCAGAUAUUACCAGUUUCAACUCUCAUCCCCUGUCCACCCACCAAAGAGGUUUGAAUUAGAUCUUCAGACCUGCAAUAUUGAGAAGAGUGAAGAUGAUACAAAGAGGGUCUGUUGUGCACAAAGCAAGAAACAUCCUGAGGACUUUACCUGUAAACGAUUAGUGGCAAAAAGUCAGGAUGGAACUGAAAUCCCCAUCACUGUCUUCCACCUAGAGAACCUGCCUCUUAAUGGCCAACAUCCAAUGCUGGUCGUUGGCUAUGGUGCCUAUGGGAGAAAUGUAGAGAUGGAGUACACAUCCCAGAGGAUGGCAUUGUUAUCCAAUGGAUGGGUGCUAGCAUUUUGUCACGUGAGAGGAGGUGGAGAGUUGGGGAAAGAAUGGUAUUAUUCAGGCAGAGUAGAACAAAAACCUCACAGCUUUGAGGACUUCGAAAGCUGUGUAGAGUUCUUGCAUUCCUCUGGCUUUUCCCAGCCAGCCCUGACAGCUGGAUGGGCUGCCAGUGCAGGAGCAUUACUCCUGGGGGUACUGUGUAAUCAAAGGCCAGAGCUGCUGAAAGCGGCAGUCAUGAGAAUGCCUUUCAUUGAUGUCCUGUCAUCCAUGUUAGACUCUUCAUCACCUUUGACCUCUCAAGAUGUAGAAGAAUGGGGUGACCCAAUGGGAAGUGCAGUUGAAAUGGAAUGUAUCUCUUCCUAUUGCCCUUACCAUAAUCUGAGAUCUCAGAACUAUCCAUCCAUUCUGAUCACAUCAUCUAUGAGUGACCAGCGAGUACCAGCAUGGAUUCCUGCAAAGUAUGUGGCAAGGCUGAGGGACAGAACAAGAGACCAUCGUCAUGGGCUCCACCGUCCUACAUUCCUAUUGAGGAUGUCUCCUGAUGGAGGUCACUUUGGGAUUGAUGAGGACAAUGGUGGGGUCGACCAGGCUACAUUGGAAUGGGCAUUCUUGCACCAAGAGUUAUCCUUGGAAACACUGAGAUGAGAUUACUUGAAGAAAUUAUGUUGGUGCUCACGCAAUCUUUCACCAAACAUUGGUUGGUAUUAAUGGAUUGAUGAACAGUGGCUUCCUGACCAAGUUCUCAAGUGCCAGUACAGCUGAAGGAGAUUAUGAUAUCUCACAAAUAUCUUGACUCUGAAACCUCAAUGAUUUCAAUACAUUGUGCAGCCUCAAUUUUAUUUUGCAAGUGAGGUUUUCUUAAGGAAACAAACCACUUAUUGGGUUGAGUGCAAAUAUAUUCAUCAGAAGCAAAAAGGCAUUUGUAGUAUUCAGUGACAUUUCUUUUAUACCCAGUACCACUUAUCACCUUGAACUUCUUCUUAAAGAUGUUUAACUGAGAAUUAAAGUAAGCAUUAAACUUCUAAAAGAAUUAUGUUGGGAAGAUUUUGAGGCAGAUGUUUUUCAAAAUGCUUUUGAGUGAAUAAGAGAAACUGAUAAUGACUACUUUAUGGAAGAAAUCAUCCCUUCUCCAAUGCCAUGAUUUAUUUCAACAAUUGUUCAAGUAACUCAAAUUCUGCAAACAUCAAAUCAGUCUGAAAGCUGGAAAUACUUUGACUAGUCAAAAUUUGACUGCAGAAUUGUAAAUGAUAAUUGUGAUUACUGUGAUUUCUUAAGAAUUACAGUUGAUAUAUAAUAUGCAAGUUAAACAUUGUGACUUGAGCUUCACUGACUGGGAAUAGUGUACAGUUACCUUGCCAAAUACAUGUGGCCUGUGAGCUAUUCAUUACAGAUAAAAUUUUCCAUGAUUUUGUGAUGGAAAUAAUUUAUUCUAACAUGAAGAAUACCUGUGAAAGACAAAUUAGGGGAGGAUAAAGAUUCAGAUAAAGACCAAUUUGGGCCUAAUAAUACAAAGCAAAGUGCUUCAUCAUAAGGUUAACUUUUAUGAUCGAUUGCAUUGAUCAUUAUGUGCCAUCAAGUGUACAAAUCAACUGUAUGAUCAAUCACUUAGCUUUGUGACAUGCCCCCCCCCCCCCAGUUUCUUUUGGUAUCUCUAUAGCAUGAGAGAUGUCAACCACUUUGCCUCAUGCAGCCUUUCAUGAUGGCUUUCCAGAAUUCCUCGUGCCAUUUAUUCAUUUCUGCAAAAAAAAAAUCUAAAAAGAGCCAUUUGGUUUGAGACUGAACAAGACUCAGAAUUUUUUCAGGUGCCUUUUUGUCUGAAACUACUGUCCUCUCUCAAAUUCAUAUUUCUUAUUGAAAGUUCACUAUUGUAAGCACUGUAUCAGUGAUCAUGGAAAUCAAAGAAAGUUCAAAUUCUACCAAGAUGUAUGACUAUUAAAAGAUAAAAGAAUGAUAUCCAUGAAGUUGACUCGUGUUGUGUGUUCUGUCCAUAAAUAUGUUCAGGUUGAAAUGCAUUAUGGGAUGUUAGCUCACAAGACCU